UUUGAAACAUUUCGUAUAAGUAUAUCGUUUAUGUGCGAACAGCCAUCAAUUUUCAGUUUACCACAUGGGUAAAACGUGUCUUAACUGUGUUGUUUUGAUAUAAACCUUUUUAAGUUUAUUAAAUAUGUCAAUACCUGAUAAAGUGUUGAUGCGAAAAAUUAAGAAGAAAGAAAAAAAGAAGUUUGAAGUACUAAAAGAACGAGAAAAGCAAAUACAAAAUGAUGAAACCAUAAGUGAGGAUAUAGAAAAUGACAGUCAAGAAAAUGAUACAGUAAAUGGACUAAAACGACAUCAUAUAGAAAAAAAUAUGUCAGUAAAAAAAAAAAGAAAGAAAAUCGAAAAUGAUCAAAUAUCAGAAGAAAAUAAUAUUAGCAAUACAGUUGCAGAUUUACCUGGAUCUGCAAUGGGUUUAAAAGUAGCAAAUGAUACAAGUUUUAAAAUAUUAAAAGAAAUAGUUUGUGAAAAUACAUUGAAAGGAAUAGAAGAUAUGGGUUUUACAAACAUGACGGAAAUACAAGCAAAAGCUAUUCCCCCUUUAUUAGAAGGAAGAGAUUUAGUUGGUUCUGCAAAAACCGGAUCUGGGAAAACUCUAGCAUUUUUAAUACCAGCUGUUGAAUUAAUUUAUAAAUUAAAAUUUAUGCCUCGUAAUGGUACUGGUUGUAUUAUUAUAUCUCCAACACGAGAAUUAUCUAUGCAAACUUUUGGAGUUUUAAAAGAAUUAAUGAAAUAUCAUUACCAUACAUAUGGUUUAUUAAUGGGAGGUGCUAAUAGACAAACUGAAGCUCAAAAACUUGCAAAAGGAAUUAAUAUUAUUGUAGCUACACCUGGUAGAUUAUUGGAUCAUCUACAAAAUACAGCAGAUUUUUUAUAUAAAAAUCUUCAGUGUCUAAUAAUUGAUGAAGCUGAUCGUAUUUUAGACAUUGGUUUUGAAGAAGAACUUAAACAGAUUAUUAACAUUUUACCAAAAAAAAGACAAACAAUGUUAUUCAGUGCAACACAAACCAAGAAAACAGAAAUGUUGACAACUUUGGCUUUAAAGAAAGAACCAGUUUAUGUUGGUGUUGAUGAUGAUAAGGAAAAGGCAACAGUAGAAGGUUUAGAACAAGGUUAUGUUGUAUGUCCCAGUGAAAAGAGAUUUUUACUUUUAUUUACUUUUUUAAAGAAGAAUAGAAAGAAAAAAGUUAUGGUUUUCUUCAGUUCGUGUAUGUCAGUCAAAUACCAUCACGAACUUUUAAAUUACAUUGAUUUACCAGUAUUAAGUAUACAUGGAAAACAAAAACAGACUAAGAGAACAACAACAUUUUUCCAAUUUUGCAAUGCAUCUUCUGGUAUACUCCUCUGUACUGAUGUAGCUGCACGUGGUCUUGAUAUACCAGCUGUUGAUUGGAUUGUACAAUAUGAUCCUCCAGAUGAUCCUAAGGAAUAUAUUCAUCGUGUUGGUAGAACAGCUCGAGGAGAAGGUAGUAGUGGUCAUGCUUUAUUAAUUUUAAGGCCUGAAGAACUUGGUUUUCUUCGUUACCUUAAACAGGCUAGAGUACCUGUGAACGAAUUUGAUUUUUCAUGGAAUAAAAUUGCUGACAUUCAAUUACAGCUUGAAAAAUUAGUUUCGAAGAAUUAUUUUUUAAAUAUGUCAGCAAAAGAAGCUUUCAAAGCAUAUGUGAGAGCAUAUGAUUCUCAUCACUUGAAACAAAUUUUUGAUAUUGAAACCUUGGACUUAGCAAAGAUUGCAAAAUCUUUUGGAUUUUUGGUUCCACCAGCUAUAGAUUUGAUGGGAGUAAGUAAAAAUUCACGGCCACGAAAAAGAUUAGGUGGGCAUGGUUACGAUUCUAAGUUUAAAUCAAGAUCUAAAUUUUAAGUUUAUUGUUUUUAUUGUUUAUAUAAAAUAUAAAAUACAGUUUAGGUGAUUUUGAUGAAGAAAUAGUACUGAAUCGAAAAUUAUAUAUUGUACAAAAUGCAAGAUUUGUAUAAAUUCAUAAAGAAAUUAUAAAAUUUAUAAAGAAAACA